UGCAGCUUCGGGCCACGUAACACUGACAGUUCAACAAAGAUCGGGGGUCCUCAGAACCAUGGGGUCCCCCAGUCUUCACACCCGUCCGCUCACGACGCACUCGUCGCAACGGAUCACGGGCCCUCAACCAGUUACCUACGAGAAGCAAUACCAACUGCAGCUGGAGCGCGAACAGCAAAUUCGGCUGAUGAUCGAAAAGGAGCAGCGCUUCAUCGAUCAGUUGCGUAGCGAAAUUGCGGUCUCGCCGAACGACAAGAAGAGCGAGAAGUUAGUUAAGGCGGAAAGUAACCUCCAGAAGCUGCACACGAUACUUCAAAAUCACGUUCGAACGCAGAACGAGCAACGCCUCGAUAAUUUAGAUACACCUCCCCCACUACCGAAAAGUCCACCUCCCAACGUCUCCCAUACCUUACCUCCGAAACUUAGUAAGAAACAUUCGCAAAGACUGGCACAGGUGCCUUCUUCACACGGCUUUAUUUUAGAUAACGAAGUGCCUCCUCCCUUACCGAAACGAAAUCGUUCACUCGACGCACAAAAUAACGCUAAGCCUUUGUAUAUCAAUGGAAAGGUGCCUUUAGAUAUAAACGCCAUGUUUCUUUUUCGCGAAGUACCAUCCGAAAACAAUAACGCGGAGCCGUCUCCAAAUUCCGAACUGAUGAUCACUAACUCCCUAUAUUCCGACACGUCCUCCCUUCCGCCGCCACUUCCGCCUCGUCUAUCCAACACUGGAUGUAGUGAUCCCGACGCUGUUAAUUCAAUAAACAAGCAAAUGUCGUACCCACUUGUGGCGACUUGCACAACUCUAGUUAACAACUAUUCUCCAAAUCAUACGCACCAUCGUACAAAGUCGAGUCCGGAUUCUCUUUGCGCGAUAUCGCCCGCCGAGGCGUCACGGCGGUUAAUCGCCUCGGAGAGCAUGAACGAUUUGAGUCGAACGGAAAUUUGGGAGUCGGCGCCGACGCCGCCCGGAACGCCGCCGCCUCCGUAUCCUAGUCCGGUACCCGGUCGAAAGCAGUACAGUAAUCGAAACUCGGCUGAUGACUGUGAUCUUACAUUUGAGGAGAAUAUUAUGGAAACCUCUUUGGGCCUAAUGGGACGAGUAUUGGCCAACAGCUCGCCGAUUCACGCGGCGACCUCCCAAACCGCCCAACAGCCGAUCAUCAGUAUGGAGGACGACGAGAUCUCCGAUCCCGAAGUGGGCCAGUUGGAGGAUCACGGUCCGUUCAAAUCGCUGUCCCGACUCUGGGAACAUACCCCUCACCUAGCUGUGUUCAUGAAUUACGUGUUAUCAAACUCGGAUCCCAGUAGCCUACUAUUUUAUUUAAUCACCGACCUGUACAAAGAGGGCAACGCGAAGGAGAUGCGAAAGUGGGCGUUCGAGAUCCACUCGAGCUUCCUCGUACCGGGCGCCCAUCUCCGCCUGAGCAACGUCGACGAGAAUAUCGCACGCGAAAUCGACGACGUUCUCACGCACGAAUUCGACAAGGAGGAGAUACUGCGUCGAAUAUUCUGGAAGGCGCGCACGAGGGCGAAGGAGGAGCUGACGCGGCAGCUCGCCGACUUUCAGCAGAAGCGCACGGCGGGACUGGGCACGAUUUUUGGUCCUAACGACGCGAUGAUGGCCGAAAUUAGUCAGGAUAAGGCCAAGGAGGUGAAGUUGUACGAAAGUUUACUGUUGGACAAACUCGAUCCGUACCUGGAUGAAUUGGAUCGUGACAACUACGAUCCGCGCCGCUACUUAACGGCGGCCGCUCUCGCGACGGUAAUCACGCGCGUAUUCGGCGUGAGGCCGGCCGGUCACGCCCUAGACCGUUUUCCGACGUUCGUCAACAAGGAGAAGUCAUUUCGUACAAAAUUCAUCGGGAGGUACUCGAGAAAGCUAAUACUGUUAGGACAUCAAUUCGUAGCCCAACCGUACUUCACUGUGAUACCGUGCAACCACUGUCAUCAGAUUAUUUCCGGGAUAGCGCCUCAGGGCUAUCAGUGUGCAGCGUGUCUCAUCAACCUUCAUCGGUUGUGCGUGAAAUUGUACGACGACACGUGCCCUGGCCCGAUCAAUAAGAAGGAUAGGGGUAUUGGAAAGUUGAUGGAUCGAAUACACAGCAGGGAUCAUCGGAGGAAGCCCAGCGCCAACUUCAUUCAAAUGGAGAAAGAGAGAAGGUUGGCAGAGGAGAGAGACGCCGGAUUGGAUUUGGAUAUAUUAGGUAAGUUUCGCCAUUUGAUGAAUUUGUCUGUUGCCUUAUUGUUGAACGUCGCACCAACCAUCCAUGAAAGCGUUGAUUAUUUUUGAAAAAUUUAAAUGAAC